AUUUGAUAAAGCCACAUAAGAUGAUGGAAAUGGCGAAGUUGAUUCUGGAUAUUUGGCUCGUCUCAACGUGGAUAUAAUUAUUAGACGUCAGCUCUCUGGAAAUUGGCUGCAGCAAUCAACCACCUGUGAUAACAGGGUCGUACUAAGGGAACCGAUCCGCAAUAGAGGACCAUUUGCACAACACCUGUGUACGAUAUGAAUUCAGAAAUGGAAAUGUACUAUGCUACGAAUAAAUUUUUUUUAUUGCGAAUCGGUGGAUGGCCGUAUCAGCGGAAAAUAUUGAAAGUCUUAAUACCGUGUUUUUUUAUAAUGGUGCACUAUUCUACCGUCGCAACUCAGAUACUUCUAUUAUAUGACACUUGGGGUGAUGUGAACAUUGCCGUUGAAUGUAUAAUUUCCCUGACUGUUCUUUUUGCUGCUAACGUAAAGUUCAUUAAUAUCGUUGUAAAUAAUGAUAAAUUCCGAUGGAUAUUGCAACUCAUGAACAAACACUGGAAAGUUUUUAACAGCGAAUUCGAGCGUCAUAUCUUGAGAUAUUAUGCUAAUAUUGGUAAAAAAACAACCAACUAUUUUGCAGUAUAUUUUAUGAUUGCCGUAAUGUUUUAUUUAACAAUUCCAUUAUUACCAAAAAUUUUGGAUAUCUUAAUUCCGUUGAACGAGUCGCGGCCAUUGGCAUACAUAUAUCAAGCCGAAUACAGAGUGGACAAAGAGAAGUAUUAUUAUCCAAUUUUGUUACAUUGUUCCGUAACGAGUAUAAUUACAGUAACAAUUUUGUUCACCGUCGAUACGACAUAUAUAAUAUGUGUGUUGCAUGCUUGCAGUUUAUUUACAGCUGUCAGCCAGCGACUUGAAAAUAUGACUGGCGAGAUAGACAUUAAAUCAGAUGACGACGAAGAAAAUUACACAGAGAUGCAUUAUCAAUUAUUCGCGGAGAAAUAUCGUUCUACUGGCAAUGAUUACCGUGAAUUGAUAACGUGUUUGAAAAAACAUCAACUUGCAUUAGAACACGUCCAGAUACUGAACUCUACGUUCAAUCAAGUGACAUUUAUUGUUUUAUGUCUGAAUAUGCUGAUUUUGAGUGUAAUCGGAAUACAACUUAUUAAUAACUUGGAAAAGACUGAAGAAGUAAUAAGAUAUGUUUUUGUAAGUUGCGGUGCAUUUACUCAUCUUAUAUGUAUGUGCAUUCCCGGGCAAUUAUUGAUAGACCAAAGUACAAAAGUUUUCGACAAAGCGUAUAGUUCAGCAUGGCAUACAUUUUCCAUAAAAACUAGAAGAUUAUUAAGAAUACUUCUUUACAGAAGUCUCGUUCCGUCUACGCUCACGGCUGGGCAGAUGUUUGUUAUGUCUAUGACAAUGUGCAGUUCCGUACGUUUGAUUUACAGUUUUAAACAAAUAUCUUUUAUAAUCUCAUAUGAUUUUUAUAUAAUUUAUAAUAAAAUAACAUUCAAUUUUAAGGUAACACAAAGUGCUAUGUCGUAUUUUACAGCUUUUUUAUCCAUUAGAUAAAGAUGCACAAUAUUACUUUAUAUAUAUCGGCACAAAAUUGCAAUAUCUAGAAAAGCGAUUAGCAUUCCGUAUGUUUUAUAAAGGGCGAUUGUAAUCAUUGUGAAAAAAAAUCAUUGUAAUAAAAUAUCUUACAUGAAAAAUAUAUGUACGUAUUAAACCUA